AUGUUGGUGUUGCUGAUGCUUGUUUUGGCGGCAGCCAUCAGCGCUGAGUGUCCACGUCAUUGUGAGUGCAAAUGGCGUAGCGGAAAAGAAUCAGCGCUCUGUGCGCGCGCUGGACUCACUGCUGUGCCUCCACGUCUUGACCCUACGACCCAGUUGCUUGACCUAUCAGAAAAUCGCCUACCAAUACUUCGCGAUGACGCUUUCGCGGCAGCAGGCCUACUGAAUCUACAACGUCUAUAUUUACCUGCCUGUAAUGUACGAACAAUACGCCAGUUUGCUUUCAGGGCUCUCGUAAACUUAGUUGAACUUGACCUUUCACGUAACCGCCUAGAUACAUUGCCAUCACACACUUUUAGUUCCAUACCAGAGCUUCGGGAGCUAAGGCUGACAGGAAAUCCUAUUACAAAAAUUAAGGACGACGCUUUUAUUGCUAUUCCACAUCUUGUAAGAUUAACACUUAGUGCGUGUAAAAUAUCAGAAAUAGAACCACGUGGUUUCAUUGGAUUAGAAGCAUCCUUGGAAUAUCUUGACCUAAGUAGAAAUAAACUUCAAGUUCUUCAUGCAGCUGUUUUGGCUCCGCUGAGAUCACUAAAAGGACUAGAACUUGCCGGCAAUCCAUGGGAGUGUACAUGCGCUAUAAGGCCGAUGCGUGAUUGGAUGAUAAGAAGGAAUGUUCCAGCUACUGUGGUACCCGAAUGCGCUUUACCAACCCGUUUAAUGUCGCAAUCAUGGGAUCGACUUGAUAUCGAAGAUUUUGCAUGUGUACCUGAAGUUAGCGGGACUUCUACCAAUUUUAAAGGUACAGAGGGUGAGGAAGUGACCAUGAUUUGUCGAGUUACAGGAGUACCAGCACCAAGAGUUCGUUGGUUUCGAGCUGGUCGAUUACUUGCCAAUAGUACUGCAACAAAUGUCAAUUCUGCAAGAGCUUUUAUAUUACGAAGUGAAGGACAGACCAGUAAUUUGACAAUAAAGACAGCAGAUAUGCAAGAUGCAGGCUUUUAUAUAUGUAGUGCAGAAAAUCGAGCUGGAAAAGCAGAAGUGAUUUUAAAUUUAACAAUAGAGAAAAAAUCUCAAGCAAAAGGGUUCGGUGGUCGUGCUCUUAUGGCGGGUAUGGCUGUGUCAGCAGUUAUAGUAUUAAGCUCUUGCUUAAUAGGACUAUGCGCAUAUGAAACUCGUAAGAAAAGACAACUGGAUAGGUGGAAUGAACAAAUAGUGUCUACAAAUCAUCAUGAUAACAAUUAUGAAAAAAUUGAGUCUAGUCUUAAGAGCGUUGCUGAAUUACCUAGAGCUAUAUCUUCUGAAAAUAGUAGUCGUAAAAGAGGGGACUAUCGAAACGUUCCUUCACACGAUCCAGAAGAAGACUUUGAAGGAUAUGGUCAAGGAAGGCGUGAGGAUAGAGACUCUUCCCUCACUCCAACUUUAGAGAGAAAUUGGCGCAGACCUAAAAUUGAUACAUCAAGAAGAACUAAUGGAAAUACAGAACAGGAUUUGCAUAUACCACGAAUGAGCAAUUAUAACAUAAGAACUGAUGGUACUGAAUCUAUGCCGAGCUCUACCUCGACGGGAAUUUUAAGUGGUCACGUAGAGAUUAUGUCGGAAAGCAAUCGUUUUAACAACAACUCACGAACUUGUGUACGCUCACGACCUCGUGAACGUUUAGAUAAUGAUCUUUCUGGAAGUGACAGUGAAAAAAAUUAUCCAGAUCUUAUAGAAAUGAGCGCUCUUGGAACUCCUAGUUACUUGCGAAAUGAAAUAAAACAAGAUCCCUACUAUUUUUACACAAUUCCGCGUAGGAAAGAUGGCGAUAGCCGAAGUCCAUUGUUAAAUAGUCGAAGAAAUAGUUCUGGUGGAGAUUCUAUAAACUUUAACGAUAAGCAUUAUGAUAAAUCCUGUCAAAGAGUAGCUGGACGUCGAUCAAGUAGUUUUUUAGAUCUGUCGACCGGCGGCAAUCGGAUACGCCGUAAUCCUAGCCUUCCGGCAUCUCCAUCGAGAGAGCAAUCCGCCCUUCCGUCCGCCACCCCAUUAUUAGACCUUUCGGGAUUACGAGAUUAUUCUCGUGCUGGUCAGAGAUUGGAGGAUUUUGACUUUCGAGCUUCUCAAUUAGAGAAAUUCCUUGAAGAAUAUAGGUGUUUAAGAGAGCAACUCUCAAAAAUGAAAGAGACUAGGGAGAACUUACAAAGAACUAGAGCAGCAGAAAAUGAAGAAUUAAGAACGGUUUUGAGAGGAAAGCCUAGUAUAGCUGUUACAGAAACUUCGUCUUCAGUGGCGCUCGCUGAUGCCGCAUCACCGUUGGCGUUGAGUCCGCCAGAAUAUAAAUCACAACAGCCAAGACCGGACUGGCUCACAAGUUUAUUAUAUCAUAAUUAG